GGAAAGAAGGAAAGGUUGCUUGGUUAGAAGCUAGGUAGCCUAAAACAUUCGUCUCUCUCCUUUCCCUCUCUCCCAAUAAUUCUCGGAACCCAAAAAAGCAGUCCACCGUUAAAGACAAAGCGGCCUCCCUAGCUUUCUCACUUUCUCAAUUGCUUCUACGGAUGCCUUCCCCUUCUUUCUAGAUUAUUCUUAGAUUAUUUGGUUACUGCCACAAAUAUUGGUACUAUUUUGCUUACCCAAAGGCAUUUGUUUGAAUUGUAAAAGAAAACCCUAAUUUGAUUGGGAUUUUAAUUCUGACUUGUCUAUUUAUUGGAUCGGUUGUCGAUUGGGUAUUCAACCACAGAAUCAGACCGGUCGAAUUAUUUCAUUUUAUAAUUAUAAUUUUUGUUAAAUUCUGUUUAGCUUUUGAGGUGGGAAAAAAUGGUGUCGGCUAAUAGGGAGAUGGUGGUCUUCUGCUUUGAUACUCUUGUGGCUCACUACAACAGCGAAGAAGCUCCUCCUCCUGCUUUCGACGAGGGUCAACACCCAUUGUUUGUGACUUGGAAGAAAGUGAUCAAUGGUGGUGAGCCUCGUUUACGUGGUUGCAUUGGUACCUUGGAAGCUCGCUGCUUAAUUAAUGGUUUCAAGGACUAUGCUCUAACAAGUGCUCUCAGGGACAAACGUUUUCCCCCAAUACAGGCCAAAGAAUUGCCUUAUUUGGAAUGUACAGUUUCAAUACUGACUAAUUAUGAAACCGCACAACAUUACCUUGACUGGGAGGUUGGGAAGCAUGGUAUAAUCAUUGAAUUCACUGAUCCUGACUACAAUACUAGGCGAAGUGCCACUUACCUGCCUGAGGUGGCUGCUCAUGAAGGUUGGACAAAGACAGAAGCAAUUGAUUCACUGAUUCGAAAAGCGGGAUACAAUGGCUCCAUAACUGAAUCACUGCGAAAGCGCAUCCGACUUACCCGCUAUCAGAGUACAUUAUUCACUAUGCACUUCAGUGAUUAUGUUACUUAUGUCAAGACAACCCGAGGCUCUGCUCCUGCUAUCAAUGGGGUAAAAUCAGGCUAUUUCUGAUUGUGUGGUUGUACCUAAAAUUUAGACUACAAAUAGCAUUUGGUCGAUCUGGGGUGGUACCUUGUCCCCAAAAGAAUCGUCUGCUUGGUUGGGGCAAAUUUGUUGUCGUUCCAACCCGCUGCAGCCAUUGUUGCAAGUCGUAAUUUGUCCAAAUAAUUCUUCAAAUUCAUUUGAUUUUGAAGAAUGAACACCAAUAACUCCAUUUGGAUUUCAUUAGGCCGUGCUCAAUCCACAAGAUUUCCAAAAGCUUGUGGUGAAAUGGCUCCUGUUUAUGAACUCAGCUGUCUGUAACAAAGGUAUCCGAUUUCAAAUCUCUGUUUUGCUGUGUUCAUGGUUU